AUGCAUCACAAGUCAGCUCAAGUUAUACUCAGAGAAGCAGAGGAACUGGGAGGACUGGACUACAAGCUGGGGCCGACCCAGAGGAAGUGGGGGGCUCCUGCCUUCCUGUUACCGUCUACUAUGUUCCUCGUGCACCUUCCACUCGGCACAAGCAGGCUGCACUGCCUCCGAAACGCAUCACUUGAAUCCUGCCUCUGCUCCUUUGUCCAUCUGAAUCACCCUCUCCACAUUUCUGACCCUGUAAUCGUGAUCUCACUUCAUGAGGCCGUUCGCUUCCCUUUUGCAUUUAGCUUUCCCCGGGGUACACUGUCAAUAGCCUACUGUCUGAUGUCAUCAGUCAGCACUUCAUCAGAGGCAAUUAUGUCUACAGAGCUUUUGGCUCAUUACUGUCACUCCUCCUUACAUGUGUGCAUAUGCAUAUCAUCUUUCCCUAAUGAGAUGGGAAAUAAUGAUUCAUUCCCUGGAGCAGUGGUUUCCAUAAAUGACCAACCCACAGACCAGUGCAAACUGGCUGCGGAAGAGCUUACUCUGAGAAACUUAUUAGAAUGCAGAUUCUCGGACUGCGUGGGAGAGGAGGAUCUCAUAAAUCUGGGUGUAAUAGGCACAGAACAUUAGGUGUAAUAUGGGCGGGACUCUGGACUCAGCAUAUCCAA